CGAGUUUUGAGUUCAGCUGAGAACGCGGCGGGCGUACGAACUGCGGAGAAGCGGAUAUAUGAAAUGUUUAUCAACUACGACGGCUCGGAUUAUUGUCAGAAUUUGAAUUUGAAUGAUAACGCAAGCGCUUCCGAGUGUCAGGGACUGUUGGUUCGCGAAUUUUGUACUUUUUUACCGAGUGAUUUUGAUAUUUGUUGCAGCAGGUGGUUUUAUUUGAGUUUACAUUCACCUGUCCCAAAUCAGAAUCUACGAAGGUGAUAACGAUACGACGUUUCGACACUUUCAAAAACUGACUGUACAGAGUGCUCCUUCGAGCUGAGUCUCGUCUAUUGUGAUUUUAUUUUUAUAAGGAAAAAGUGAUAUUAUGUAUAAUUUAAACGUAGACUUGGCGACGUCGGCGCAAAAUGCCGUUAACAGCCUCCUGGUGGAUAGCACCACAGCCACGCCACGUACCCCAGAAAUUCUCAAUUCCCUCAUAGCCAUGACGAACCCUCUGGACAACUAUUCUUUCGAUGAAUCGGUUUCCACGAAGAGGUUACCCACAAGGAGACGACCCUUCAAUUCCAGUAGCGACUCCAACAGCUCGAGCAGCAGCCAAGUGGAGUCGCCCACGACGAAUCCACCCAGUGUCCAACAUACUUGUUCCCAAUUAAUAAAGGCUGGACUCAAACUGACGAUCGAACAAAAGCGAAAGCAACAAAGCGACGGAGAGGAUCUUCUCGAUUUGGAUAAAGUCAAGAAGAUCAAGCAGAACGAAUACAGCGAAUCUGAAGAUGAUAAAAUCAAAAUGGAGCAUGGGGUAAGUUUUAAUUUAACGCCAGAAGACGAAGAAAGGCGCCGACGACGAAGAGAACGAAACAAAAUAGCAGCAACAAAAUGCCGUUUGAAAAAACGCGAGCGCACAGUUAAUCUAAUCCAUGAAUCAGAAACCCUAGAAUCCCAAAACACUGAACUCAAGAUACAACUUCAAGAGCUCCAGACCCAAAAACAAACCUUAAUGGACAUGCUGUCUAUACACAGGCCGCAGUGUCAGCACAACAUAGCUCCUGUCACAAGAGACCACCUUUACAGGCUACCACCUGUUGCUACGGUAAUGGAGACUCACUCAUACAGUAGUAGACCUUCCUCAGUCGACCCUUCCAGUUAUAGGACGCACAAUAUGGAUUUCUGUACGCGACCUACAAGCGUUGGCUUAUCUAAUCAUCUCACCUACUCUAAACCUAGUUUUAAUAAACCACCCAGUAUAAUAAUAGAAGAGGUAAAUGAUAACUACGAAUUAACCCAGUUUACCAACCUCGAUAGUUACCCCUAUAGUACAUCACCGUGUCAUAAUUAUUCUGGACAAGGGUAUAAUAAUACAGGUUUAGAUAAUGGCUGUAUGGCAUGAUUAUUUUUUGUAAUUAUUUUAUUAAUAUAAUUUUUUAGUUUUUAGGUCCCAGUGUUAUUUAAAUUCUGAUUUAAUUUUAACUAGCUUAGGUUUAAAUAAAAACUGAUUUAACUUUGUUCUUUUUUAACAAGUGCCAGUUAUAAUAUUUUAGGAAUUUGUCACUUAAUAUGACAAAGUUAUAGAAGUCUUUUUUUAAUAUCUAGAUUAGUUAGUUAGAAUUGGAUAAUAAUUUAGUAAAUCAUUGGUGUUUAUAGAUAUUCGAGAUACUUUUCGUUUUUUUUUAUUUACUUAUCUAUUUAUUUUAACUGAUUUAUUUUAAAUGUGUACUAUACUAUAGAGUCUUUUUUGAGUUAUUUUUUCAAGAAUAUUUUGUUAAUACCAAUGUAAUUUUAACCAAAAUAAGGCCUUGUUUGUCAAAAUGCUUCUACUGUGACUAUGAGAAUUAUUAUAUAUGUAGGUUUUUGAUGUUACAAAAGGGUUUUGUUAGAAUUUCUCAGGAGUUGGCAUAUGUCCAUAAUUAUUCUUAAUAAUCCUUCUGUUACAUCAAUACAUUAAAGAUUACAGUGAAUAGUGCCUUGACUAACAGUUACCAAGAUGAUUUAAUUGGGAGUGAACUAUACAUUUUUGAAACGUACUUUAUCGCAUUAAAAAUGACACGCCGUUUGAGAAUUUUUUUUAUAACAAAUCAAACAAGUUGACUGAUAAAUUUUACCUAUGUGACUAAAUCAUUUUAAUCUUUUUUAUUUUCUACAACACUCUAGAACAUUCAUUUAUAAUUCAUCUUUACAUGAAGAACUAGGCUAUAAAAUGUCUACAAAUUGUGAAAUAUUUUCCUGGGAACAUCUUAUUUCCUAAAAAUUAACGACAUAUAUAUUCACUCAUAUACUCUUUAUUACUUGUUCUUAAAUAGAAACCUAUUAUAAAAAUACAAAAGGACUGUUGACCUGUGUUGCAAUGUUUUAAAAACAAUCUUACUUUUAUUCAUUGACAUGAAAGUUUCCUCUAAUGUGAUGCAUUAGUGAGCCAAACAACGUUGUUUAUAAACUAAGUAUUUAGUUUUUGAACUGUUGUUUCAGUUAAGUUUAGAAAUUAAUUCUGUAAAACAAUAAUGUAAUAUAAAAUACUAAUGCAAUAACUACAAUAAAAAUAAUUCAGUUACACCCCUUUAAAGUACUUUUUUCUACUACCGUGCGUAAAGUAACUUACAAAUGUUGCAGGACACAAAAAUGUCUUCUAUAGACUGAAAAUGAGCGUACUUUACGCACUAGUGAAAACAAGUAACUUUUAUAUUUCUAAUAUUAGUGGAUAAUGUGUACGGUAGUAGAAAAAAUAUCGUAUGCAACUCGUGUGUAAAGUCCCUUUUUUGACUCAUGUGAUUGUCGCACUCGCCUAAGGUUCGUGCGACAACAUUCACAUUCUUCAAAAAAGAGUAACUUUACACACGUUGCAUAAAUAACUAUUUUAUGGCUUUCAAACUCGAAACUUAGCUCACUUACUUCACACUAAUGCAGAGCAUUGUCUCCAAAAAUAUCAUUGAAAUCAAUAGUAAAGAAAUAUUUAAACCCUUUCACUCCGGAUUUUGUUUGUUUUUUGUAAUGUUUGUUUUUCGUGAUAUAAUGAAAGAAAACACUAUAAAAGAUACAAAAUUAACGAAUUUUAAUUUUUGUAUCAAGAAAAUGAAAAAAUGAGUUGGAGAUAUAUUAUGGCCCAGUCAUGUUUUAUGCUGGAACAUAAUGUGUCCUGUCAGUGAUUAGUUAGGUAUGGAAAAAGGUGAAACGAUGAAUUAUACAUUGCACAUGCUGUUUUGGAAAGCAUUUUCUUCUUUUGCUGUGCAUACUUAUGACAUCUUCAAUUAUUAUUACCUGCUACCAGUAAGUGGUCACCGAUAUUAGAUAUUCUCUAAGAUGAUUUAAAAUGUUGGUUGUAAAAUUUGAAAGCUUUCCAAGAGUCGAUCUCUACCACUGACCCAUCUUUCACUUUUCCUUUUCGAUGACUGGUCGUAUUGCAAGAGUACCUUGUCAAUUCCCAAGUAUCUGAGACUGUCCUCAACUUUGUUCAUCUUCAGAUUCAAUCAAAUCAAGGUUUUGUGCCAACUCUUCAAGCUCCUUAGCAGUCAUAGCUCUUUUUUCUAUUGGCGAUUGUGAAAAAGGAGAAAUUAACAUUGAAUACCUAUUUGGGACAUAUAAAUAACAUGGCAUAAAUACCGACUGGGAUAUAUGCAUCCCAAAAACUGACCUCACUGAGAAUAUAAGUAUCCACCUUAUACUACGGAAUAUUUGAUAAACACAACUUACUUUUUCAAUUUGCACUUUAUUUGAGAACUUCUUAGUCAAUAAUAAAUAAAAAAUAAUUGUGAACUCGACAAAAACUAGCAAAUUUAUGCACACUGCAACCCUUGUUUAUCACAAACUGAAUGCAAGCUGCAGCGUUUGUUACAAGUUUAAAUAUCAAUAAAAAGGAAACUAAUUCCAAUUCAAAUGUGAUUAAGACGUAAAAUAAAAUAAAUAAAACCCAAAGCCAUAUGUCACAAAAUAGGAGCG